UCUACUGGGCUAAGUAAUGGUGACGGUACGGUUUGACCUCGUAAUUUUAUUCCAAAGUAUAAAAUUAUUAGAUUGGUCUGCCCGCGUGACAAAAUAACACAUGCAUGAUCAAAAUCACGUAAAAUGCUAUUAACUCCACGCGUACUGUCGUCGGCAGCAGCGAUUGCUAUAACUUGCGCUUUUUCCGCGGCAGCAUACUAUUACAAAAGUCGCAAUGCUGAGAUCAAUGAAGUAAUGGUGUUUUGUAAGCUACAAUUCAAUGCCUAUAAUUAUUUUGAUAAACUGAUCAGUUACGUUGAAGCAGCCAAAGAAAGUGUUAAUGUCUGCAUGCCCAGCAUCCACAAUCCAGCAAUCCAAGGUCGGUUGGUCACAUUGAUAAAGAAGAAGAAUAUCAAAGUGCAAAUUAUAAUUGACCGAUCUGGAUACAACGAUUCGACAGAUUUCUUCAUAAAAGAACUGAUCGAUGCAGGAGCGGAAAUAAAGUGUAAAGUAAACGAACCAAUCUACAAGAUGCAACACAAAUUCUGCUUAGUCGACGAUAAAGUUCUUAUGACGGGCACAUUGGACUGGGGCAACGACCGUUCUGCCGACCAUUGGAACUAUGUGUACAUCACUAGCAAGUCACAACUAGUAGAACCAAUAAAAAAGGAGUUUUACCAUAUGUGGGGUGCAUUUUCGAGUGAUAUUGGAUUUAACAACCAGCCUUUAUCAUACGAAAGUGAAACGGAAAGCGUUAAUGUUAAAAAUUCUGAAACAAUCGAUGUUGAAACUCGAGUGGAUUUAGAACCACAACAAGCAAAGAGAGAAACAUUGACCCCUGAAGUCUAUAUCCUGUAGCCAGUACAUCAGAUAUUUUUCUAAAUAUUUACAAAUGUUUUAUAUACCAAACAUGCCCUGUAUUAACUUACUUUUUAUGGUCAGACUUAUAUUUAAUCACAAAUAAUUUUCAAUUUAAUGAAAUAUUCGUAUUUAUAGAAUUUUAAGGGUAAGGCUGGCCUUUGCCUGUUUUUAUAAAUUAUUGUCUAUCUCCCAAUUUUUCACUUCCAGUCUUAAGGCUUAUUUCACAUUUUGAAAUCACUUUUUAAAGAAGAAAAGUGUUUCUUCAUUCUUUAUUUUCACAAAUACUCCUCAUU